AUGAAGCUUUCGCUCUCCGCGGCUGGCCUCCUCGCCUCUGCUCUUGGUGGCAGAGCAGCAAAGUUAGCCCCGGUCGUACGCAGCGGGACGACCCUGCUUGUCGAUGGGAAGCCCUGGAAAGCUGUCGGGCCCAAUGUCUAUUGGCUGGGCCUCGAUGAGAACGUGGUGCCGCCGGUGGGCGAGCCCUACUACGCCCCGACCAAAGCCAGCUAUCCUACCAAGGAACGCAUCACCGAGGUGAUGGCGACCGUGCUAGCCUUGGGAGGAACCACGAUUCGCAGCCACACCUUGGGUGUCAGCACCGGAAACCCCUUGAGUGUCUGGCCGGAGAAAGGAGUGGUCAAUGAGAAGGCCUUCGACGCGAUCGAUUGGGCUGUCUACCAAGCCGGCCGGUACGGAGUCAGGCUUAUGGUACCCCUCGUGGAUAACUAUGACUACUACCACGGUGGAAAAUAUAACUUCCUCCGUUGGGCCGGCUUCGACCUCACCGGGACCAGGGAUGACAAGAACCCCCUGAUCCAGCAGUUCUACACCAAUGCCACCAUUGUUGCUACUUUCAAAGACUACAUCAAGACGCUCCUGACUCACAGGAAUCAGUACAACAACCUGAAAUAUGCCGAAGAUCCUACCAUAUUCGCUUACGAGACUGGCAACGAGCUUCUGGGUCCCGUAUGGGGCGAUAUGAACUCGCCGGCAGACUGGGUUCGGGAUAUCGCGCAAUACGUCAAGAGCCUUGCUCCGAACAAGCUCGUGGUGGACGGGACGUACGGCAUCAACAAGACUCAUCUGGACAUCGAGGAGGUGGACAUCUUCUCCAACCACAUGUACCCGGUCGACACAGCAAAGCUGCAGAACGACCUGAGAACCGUCGGGGCGGUCGGGAAGCCCUUCUUCUCGGGCGAGUACGACUGGGUCGGCGGAAACACCGCCAACCUGCAGUCCUUCUUUAAGAUCCUGGAGGAGAGUCCUGUGGCCGUCGGGGACACGUUCUGGAGCAUGUUUGGGCAUAACGCCCCCGACUGUAAGACCUUUGUGAACCACGGCGACGGACUCACCUUCCAGUACGGUAACCCGCGCAACACGGCGAACCAGAACAGCCGCAUCCAGCUCGUACGGAAGCACCUCGUGGCCAUGAGCCAGGGCCGCCAGAUCGCCCCCGACGAACCCCUGCCCGCCGUCCCGUGCCCGGCCCCUGAGUCGCCCCCUCUUUCGGUGUCCCACUAG